GUCAGAAUGCUCGCGGUGGGACGGUUCUCCUCCCGUAGCUUGGUCUACUCCAGGAGCUCAACCUGCUCCCAGAGGCAGGUUCAGCCUGUGAACUUUGCGCGCAUGCUUAGCUCCGCAACAAUCGAGGUUGAGAAGAUGAGAAACAUAGGAAUAUCCGCGCAUAUCGACUCCGGAAAAACUACCCUGACUGAGCGAAUCCUAUUCUACACAGGACGGAUUGAGGCUAUUCACGAGGUGAAGGGUAAGGACGGAGUCGGAGCUACUAUGGACAGUAUGGAGCUGGAGAGACAAAGAGGAAUUACAAUACAGUCCGCGGCUACGUACACUAAAUGGAAGGAUACUAAUAUUAAUAUCAUUGAUACACCUGGUCACGUAGAUUUCACAAUAGAGGUCGAACGAGCGCUGCGAGUGUUAGACGGAGCAGUUCUAGUUCUAUGUGCUGUAGGAGGAGUCCAGUCCCAAACUAUGACUGUUGAUCGUCAAAUGAGAAGGUACAAUGUCCCUCGUAUUGCUUUUAUAAACAAACUGGACCGAACCGGUUCCAAUCCUAAACGUGUACUUGGACAGUUAAGAAAUAAAUUGAAACACAAUGCAGCAUUCCUUCAGCUGCCGAUAGGUCUAGAGUCCAACCUAAAGGGACUGGUGGAUGUUGUGAAUGAGCGAGCUAUCUACUACAACGGAAGUUUCGGAGAAGAGAUUGUAUACGACGAGAUUCCAGCAAAUAUGCGGGAAGAGGCUUCGGACGCUAGGCUGGAGCUUGUUGAGCACUUGGCUAACGCAGAUGAAACCUUAGGAGAGAUGUUCCUCGAGGAGAGGACUCCGGAAACUCAGGAUAUUCACGCCGCUAUCCGUCGAGCUACCCUCUCGCAGAACUUUACUCCGGUGAUGCUUGGAACUGCACUUAAAAACAAAGGAGUUCAAACUCUACUGGACGGAGUUAUUGAUUACCUUCCGAACCCGACGGAGGUUCAAAAUUUUGCGCUGAACCCGGCAGCAAAAGAUCCGGCGUUGGCCAAGGUCCUGAUGAAUCCUGAGAGAUCUAACACGCAUCCUUUUGUCGCACUGGCGUUUAAGCUUGAGCAGGGAAAGUUUGGUCAGCUUACCUAUCUCCGGGUGUACCAGGGGAGUGUGAAGAAAGGAGACACUGUAUGGAACACGAGAACCGGAAAGAAGACUCGUCUCUCUCGUCUUGUUCAGAUGCACUCAGAUAAGAUGGAGGACGUGACAGAAGUUUACGCUGGGGAUAUUUGCGCAGUGUUUGGAGUUGAUUGCGCAUCCGGAGACAGUUUUGUGUUUGAUCGAGAUCUCAUGUUGAGUAUGGAGUCCAUCUUUGUUCCUGAUCCUGUUAUAUCCAUGUCAAUUAAACCUGCGGAGAAGAAGAAUGAAGGAAAUUUUUCUAAAGCUGUUGCUAGGUUUACAAAAGAGGAUCCCACUUACAGAGUUUGGUUUGACAACGAGAAUAAGGAAACUAUUGCAUCAGGAAUGGGUGAACUACAUCUUGAGAUAUACGCUCAGAGGAUGGAACGUGAGUAUGGAUGCAAGGUGGAGAUGGGGAAACCUAGAGUAGCGUUCAGAGAAACCUUGCUUGAACCUGUCACUUUUGAUUACUGGCACAGGAAGCAGUCGGGAGGACGAGGAGAAUACGCUCGUGUCAUCGGUCUCAUGGAACCUCUUUCUGCACAGGAGAACACCAUGGUGGAGUUUAGAGACGUGACAACUGGUACCAACGUUCCUAAACCAUUUGUUCCCGGAGUCAAGAAAGGAUUUCUGGAUUCCUGUGAGAAGGGAGGGUUUGCGGGUCAGAAGGUUAUCGGAGUUAGGAUGACUUUGAAGGAUGGAGCUCAUCAUAUGGUUGACUCAGCAGAGUGGGCUUUUUACCAGGCGACACAGUUUGCUUUCCAGGACUGCUGCGAGGACGGAAAAUGGAUUGUUUUGGAACCAAUUAUGACAGUUGAAGUGAACAGUCCUAGUGAGUUUACAUCGUCCGUCUUCAGUUUACUGAACAAGAGAAGCGCUGUAAUUACGGGACAGGACGGCCGUGACGAUUGGUUCACUGUGGAGGCCGAGGUUCCUCUCAACAAGAUGUUUGGAUUCUCAGGAGAGCUGAGAGGGUCAACACAAGGAAAAGGUGAGUUCACUAUGGAGUACUGUCGGUACUCCCCCGCUAGUCCGGAAACACAGGAAGCAGUUCUAGACGAGUUCCAUAAGAAGGAGGAAACCGUUGAUCCUAAGGGGAAGAAGAAGAAGAACUAGAAAAUUUAUCACAACUGAGAAAAUGAUUUGUUUGUUUAUUUUCUUGGUUCAAAUUCAUCCAGUUUAUAAACCGUAAUAAUAUACAUUUGUUCGCCUU